UGGAAGCGUUAUUGACGUCCAAGGCAGCGGUAGCGCCGGACUGAACCCAGAGUUUCUCCGCCAGCGCGAUGGCAGAGGUGGAGGAAACCCUAAAGAGGAUACAGAACCAUAAAGGGGUUAUCGGAACAAUGGUUGUAAAUGCAGAAGGCAUCCCAAUCCGAACAACCUUGGACAACUCGACGACAGUUCAGUACGCGGGCCUUCUUCACCAGCUGACAAUGAAAGCCAAGAGCACAGUCCGUGACAUUGAUCCUCAGAAUGACCUCACCUUCCUUAGGAUCAGGUCAAAGAAGCAUGAAAUCAUGGUAGCUCCAGAUAAGGAAUAUCUUCUGAUUGUCAUUCAGAAUCCAUGUGAAUAGCUUUGCUACAACCAAGUCCACCCUGUGACACUGGGCUGAAAACACUUCACUCUUUAAUGAUGACUUAAGAUUCUAUUCCAAUAUAACUGAUCCUUUGGACAUUCUUUUCUAUUUUUUACAUAUAUGCUAUUGUACACUUCUCAUUUAGUCCCCUUUGAAUGUAUUAUCAAG